CCACAUAUUUCCGCUUUCUUUUUUCUGGAGGAGCGGUUGGCUGCUGGGCUGGGGGGCGCGGUGGAUUUUGACCUUUGCCCCGGCCUCGUCGUGGGUGCACAGCCCCUCUCCCCGCAGCCGGCUUCCUACCCCCAGAACCCGUUUCCGGCCUGCGAGCUUCUGCGGGAUGUUACUGCUCGUGGUGCUGCUGCCCCUGUGCUGGGCCGUGGAGGUCAAGAGGCCCCGGGGCGUCUCCCUCACCAACCAUCACUUCUAUGACGAGUCCAAGCCUUUCACUUGCCUGGACGGCUCUGCCACCAUCCCUUUUGAUCAGGUCAAUGAUGACUACUGUGACUGCAAGGAUGGCUCAGAUGAGCCAGGUACGGCCGCCUGUCCCAACGGCAGCUUCCACUGCACCAACACUGGCUACAAGCCCUUGUACAUCUCCUCCAGAUGGGUCAACGAUGGAGUUUGUGACUGCUGUGAUGGGACCGAUGAAUACAACAGCGGGAUCGUCUGUGAGAACACCUGCAAGGAGAAGGGCCGUAAGGAGAGAGAGACGCUGCAGCAGAUGGCAGAGGUCACGCGAGAGGGGUUCCGCCUAAAGAAGAUCCUCAUCGAGGACUGGAAGAAGGCUCGGGAGGAGAAGCAGGCAAAGCUUGCUGAGCUACAGGCUGGAAAGAAGUCCCUGGAGGACCAGGUGGAGAUGCUGCGCACGGUGAAGGAGGAGGCCGAGAAGCCAGAGAAGGAGGCCAAAGAGCAGCACCAGAAGCGGUGGGAGGAGCGGCAGGCCGCCUCCAAGGCCCAGCGGGAACAGGAGCUGGCGGCCAACGCCUUCCAGGAGCUGGAUGACGAUAUGGAUGGGGCGGUCUCGGUCACCGAGCUACAGACGCAUCCGGAGUUGGACACCGACGGUGACGGGGCACUAUCAGAAGGGGAAGCUCAGGCCCUGCUCGGGGGAGAUGUGCAGACGGACGCUCCUGCCUUCUAUGACCGCGUGUGGGCUGCCAUCAGGGACAAGUACCGCUCCGAGGCGCUGCCCACUAGCCCCCCACCUGCGCCUUCUGAGCCUGACCUGACAGAGCCCAGGGAGGAGCAGUCUCCAGCGCCCUUGCGGCCCGUGGACGAGGAGGAGGAGCAGGAAGAGGAGGAGGAGGAAGAGAUGGAGGAGGAGGAGGAGGAGGAGGAAGAUUCCCAGGUGCAGGGGGAGCAGCCCAAGGAGGCCCCGCCCCCCCUGGCCCCCCCUCAGCCUGCGGCCAGCCCCACUGAAGAGGACAAAAUGCCACCCUACGAUGAGCAGACUCAGGCCUUCAUUGACGCCGCCCAGGAGGCCCGCAACAAGUUUGAGGAGGCCGAGCGGUCCUUGAGGGACAUGGAGGAGUCCAUCAGGAACCUGGAGCAGGAGAUUUCGUUUGACUUUGGCCCCAACGGAGAGUUUGCCUACCUGUACAGCCAGUGCUACGAGCUCACCACCAACGAGUACGUCUACCGGCUCUGCCCCUUCAAGCUCGUCUCUCAGAAACCCAAGCUCGGCGGCUCCCCCACCAGCCUUGGCACCUGGGGCUCGUGGGCUGGCCCUGACCACGACAAGUUCAGCGCCAUGAAGUACGAGCAGGGAACGGGCUGCUGGCAGGGCCCCAACCGCUCCACCACCGUGCGCCUGCUGUGUGGCAAGGAGACCGUGGUGACCAGCACCACGGAGCCCAGCCGCUGUGAGUACCUCAUGGAGCUGAUGACGCCGGCCGCCUGCCCGGAGCCGCCGCCCGACACGCCUGCAGACGGUGACCACGACGAGCUCUAGCCCGGCUGGGCGCCAAGAACCUCAAGGCAUGGAGAUCCCACCGGCGGUGCCGCCCACCCACCCCGCCGCCUGUGGCCCGAGGCCCGCCCCCGCCGCCUCCCCCCCCCCCCCCCCCCCCCGGUGUGUUCAGCCUUCCCAUGGGGGCAGGAGCCGUGUGGAGCUCCGUGACCUGCCGGGGGUGGCACUGCCACGUUCCCAGGCCCCGGCGGUCUCCAAAGGUGGAAUACAAGAGUUCGCCCGCCCUGGGCGCCCCGGCCCCGCCCAGGGUGUCUGCCUCUCUUCCUGAUGGGGAUGAGUGACUUGACCUAUGACCUCAAAACAAUAAACACCAUCCCCCCCC